AUGGAAACGCUGCAGCCGCUGCAGACGCUGGAAGGUGAUCACCGCAUUUUUGUCCGCAACACCUUCCUGGAGAUUCAGGACCAAGAUGACCUGGAUCAGAAGCAGAUGCUGAAGAGAUCUAACAGUUGGAGCGCCUCAUCCAGUAGCGAUGUGGACCCUUCCAGCGUGGAUGACUUCUUGGUCCCACAGCAGCCGCAACUACGUCCCGAGCAUGUCGUAUGGCAUGACUCCUCAGAAACAACGUCAGAGUCAGCUGCUUCUACAGCCCACGGCCGAUCUUACAUGGACGAGCAGAUACGCCUAGAGAAGGUGGCUGCCGUACAGGCGAAGAUACGGGAACUUACACAAUCGGAUCCGAUGCUGAGCGAUGAUGGCCCACCUCCCGAGAUCGUGUAUGGAUGGUCGCAGGGUAGUGCCAAUCAUGAGAAUGGAAAGUGUACUCCAUGCAUCCACUUCACAACACGGGCUGGUUGCAAGCACGCGGAGGCAUGCAGGUUUUGUCAUCUGGAACACGGAGAGGACGCGCGACGUGGAAGACAUCGACCAUGCAAAGCAACACGCAACCAAUGCAAGCAACUCUUGGCUCAGAUGAACGACCUCUACAAGGAUGACCCAGAGCAGAAGCAGCAGGCUUAUCUCAAGUUGGCUCAGCAGAGUCCUUACAUGAAAAGCAACCUGGCUGGCAUCGAAGUUGAAGGCGCUCAGUCUGAGGUGCAUUGCAACAUCAACAGGUCUGCUGAAGGGAGUGCUGGAUUCGGAAGAGACAGCAGCAGCGGCCGCUGCCGCCUCCUGCCUCAUCUGGUUCACUUUCCCAUGGCGAAGGGACUCGGUCAGGUGUAG